AUGCGCCCCAUCAUAUCAUUACCUCUCAUACCCAUCCUCUCCCAACUAGCCCUACAUGCCGCCGCCCUCCCUAAACCACGAUCAGCUCCAGACGUAAUUACCCUCGAAAAGGGACCCCUCCCCCUCGUAAUAUGGCAUGGCCUAGGGGAUGACUACGCCAACGACGGCCUCAAACACGUCGCCAACCUUGCCCAGGAGGUCAACCCGGGAACCUACGUCCACAUCAUCUCCCUUGGUGACUCGCCUACCACAGACCGCGAAGCCACCUUCUUGGGCGACCUCAACGCCCAGAUGGAUGAAGUCUGCAAACAGCUGGGUACGGAACAGAUUCUCAGUACCGCGCCCGCCGUCAAUGCCCUGGGCUUCUCGCAGGGCGGCCAGUUUCUCCGCGGAUACAUCGAGCGCUGCAACUUUCCGCCCGUCCGCAACCUCGUUACCUUCGGCAGUCAGCAUAACGGCAUCGCCAGUUUCCAGGCCUGCAACUCCACCGGGGAUUGGCUAUGCAAGACCGGGGAGGCACUGUUACGAUGGGGCAGGUGGUCCACGUUCGUCCAGACAAGAUUCGUCCCUGCGCAGUACUUUCGAGACCCCAGGGAGCUGGAUCAGUACCUUGCCUAUAGCAAUUUCCUAGCAGAUAUCAAUAACGAGCGACCCUCGAAGAACCUAACGUACAAGGAGAACAUGGAGAAGUUGAAUAAAUUCGCCAUGUACAUGUUCGAAGAAGAUCAGACGAUGGUGCCGAAAGAGUCGGCGCAUUUCGCGGAGGUCAACAUGACAGAUGGGACUGUUACGCCGCUGAAGGGAAGGAUGAUGUUUAAAGAGGAUUGGAUCGGGUUGAGGGAGUUGGAUCAAAAUGGAAAGCUGGAUUUUAAGACUAUUCCUGGUGCCCAUAUGCAGUUUACAGAUGCGACGCUGCGCGAGGUCUUCGAGGAGUACUUCGGGUCCAUUGAGUUGGGCGACCAUGUCGAUAUAUUGGAGAACACAGAUGCGGGCAUGCAGAAAGUGCUCUCAAAUGAAUGA